GCCGUUGCUGGGCUGGUGGUGAGGGACGCAGGUGGAGAAUGUCGCGUGCGGCGCUCGAGCGCAGGGCCGCCGGUUUCCGGCCCGCCGCCGCGGACGGAGAGUGACGGACCCCGCAGGAUGGAGGCUGAGGUCCGGGAGCACCAUGAAUGAUAAGUACCACAGGGCGGCUCGGGACGGGUACCUGGACCUGCUGAAGGAGGCCACGCGGAAGGACCUGAACGCACCUGAUGAAGAUGGCAUGACCCCCACCCUGUGGGCGGCGUACCACGGGAACCUGGACGCGCUCAGACUCAUAGUGGCGAGAGGAGGGAACCCUGAUAAGUGUGACAUAUGGGGGAACACACCGCUUCACCUUUCUGCUGCCAAUGGCCAUCUCAACUGCCUGUCCUUCCUGGUGUCGUUCGGCGCCAACACCUGGUGCCUGGACAACGACUACCACACGCCGCUGGACAUGGCCGCCACCAAGAACCACAUGGACUGCGUACGGUACCUGGACUCCAUCGCCGCCAAGCAGACGGCCCUCAACCCCAAGCUGGUGGCCAAACUGAAGGACCGGGCCUUCCGGGACGCCGAGCGGCGCAUCAAAGACUGCGUGAAAAUGCAGCGCAAGCAUCACCGCCGCAUGGAGCGCAAGUUCCAGAAGGAGGCCACCGAGGCGUCCGUGUCUGAUGCCAUGAGCUUCUCCAGCUACAGCAGCAGCACCCUGAGCCGCAAGCUGCACCACUUCAACACUGCCACCAGCGUGCCAUACUCACAGGCUACUCUCCACGCCACGACCAGAGGCAAAACGAAGAUUCAGAAGAGGCUGGAGAAGAAGAAGCAGGGCGACGGGACCUUCAAGAUCUACGAGGACGGCAGGAAGAGCGUUCGCUCACUUUCCGGCCUGCAGCUUGGGAACGACGUGAUGUUCCUGAAGCAGGGAACCUACGUCAACCCCAAGGAGCGCGGCCGGCGCAACAUCCGGGACAUGUUCCCGCGGGACGAGGAUGCCGUCUCGCGUGCCAUCAGCGAGCCGGACCUGCACGGCGUGGAUGUGGAUUAUUCUGAGAUCAGCACGGACUCGGGUCACGACUCGCUCUUUAACCGGCCGGGUCUGGGCACCAUGGUCUUCCGACGCAACUACGUGAGCGGCGGCCUGUUCGGUAUCGGCGCCCGGGACGAGGGAAGCAUUGUCAGUAGCGGACGAGCCCCCAACGUUCGCCUGCGCAGUCGCCUGCAGCGCUCCCCCAGUCUGGACGAGGACAGUAUCGGCAGUGCACGGAGUCUCCAGGACCGGAACGUGGAGGAGCUUCCCUGGGACGAGGUGGAGCUGGGUCUGGACGAUGACGACGAGCCGGAGAGUAACCCGCUGGAAGUGUUCCUGGCCACUCAGAGCAUGCACGAGUUCAUCCCCAUCUUUAAGAGGGAGAAGAUUGACCUGGAAGCGCUGCUGCUGUGCUCGGACGACGACCUCAAGAGCAUCCACAUCCCCCUCGGACCCCGCAAGAAGAUCCUCGAUGCCUGCCAGCGACGCCUGGAGACCAUCGAUGAUCCGGAAUACAUAGAGGAUACAGCGCUAUAGCAGAAGUGGAUUUUUGCUGCUGAACUUUAUUUUUGGACGUCUCAGUUCCUGCUAAAUGACAGAAACUGGAAGGAAUGACUGAAUGGCAACGACAGAAAGUGUUAGGAGUGAUAUACGGUGGAGUACGUACGCCCACACGAACACGAACAGGAAUCAAGCUGAAGCUUCACAGUUGCCAUACGUACAUUAGCUAUGGGCAGAUCCUGCUGAGAGCCCUGACCCGGUUCCUCUCAGCCCGACAUGUCGCCCCCGUGGGGCAUGAUCUUUAAGUGCCUGUGCCUCCAGUGCCCGCACACGACUACUGAUAAUGUCAUUUCAGACAUUACCUAUUUAUUUAUCAUAGAAAUCAGAUAUUUUUGAAUUAUAAUGUACAAUUUUAGCAGCACACACUUUAGACAUACACUAUAUGAACAAAUGUUUGUGGACACCUCUUCUAAUAAAUGGACUCUAAUCACUGCACUCACUCACACUGUCCACUGAGGGUGGUAAUAUAUUAGCUUUUGUUACGUAUUGGCCCAACUAGGGCUGCACAAUAUUGAAUAUUGAAAAGAAAAUGACAUAGCGAUGUUUUGUUGUUUUGCGAUAUAAAAAAAUAAAUGAAUUUUCAUUGAUUUUCACUAGAAAUCAAAGAUACAACAUGUUAUGAGGUUAAUAAUGGGAUCCGUGUAUCAAUGAUUUAACUAAACAAUACUGGGUAGAUAUAAUCGAUAAUAUGACAGAUUGCCACAUUGCAAUAUCAAUGAUAAAAAGAUAUAUUGUGUAUAUAUUGUGAUAUAUUGUUGCUCCUAUUCUUUUUCGCCCAUUCCAAAUCCAAGUCUUCCUUCCAUUUGCCCGACAACCACCAAACUACACUAAAGCUCUAGAAAAAUAAGAGAGCACUUAAAAAUUAUGAGUUUCUUUGAUUUUACCAAAUUAAAAACCUCUGGAAUAUAAUCAAGAAGAAGAUGGAUGAUCACAAACCAUCAAACCACCAAACUGAACUGCUUGAAUUGUUGCACCAGGAGUAAAGCAGCAUAAAGUUAUCCAAAAGCAGUGUGUAAGACUGGUGGAGGAGAACAUGAUGCCAAGAUGCAUGAAAAAAACUGUGAUAAAAAAAAACAGGUUUAUUCCACCAAGUAUUGAUUAUUUCUGAACUCUCAAAACUUUAUGAAUAUGAACUUGUUUUCUUUGUAUUAUUUGAGGUCUGAAAGUUCUGCAUCUUUUUGUUAUUUCAGUCAUUUCUCAUUUUGUGUAAAUAAAUGCUCUAAAUGAGAAUAUUUUUAUUUGGAAUUUGGGAGAAAUGUUGUCUGUAGUUUAUAGAAUUAAACAACAAUGUUCAUUUUACUUAAACAUAAAAAAAUCUAAAUUAAAUUGAACAUUGUUAAAACAUAUCGACAAUAUUGAUGAUGAAACAAUAAAUUGUGCAGCCCUAGCCCAUACACAUGAACUGUAACACAUAACCUACAGUAUAUACUGUAUUGUUUUAGACUACAAUAUAUGUCUGAAUGUUUGUGGAGAUCCCUUACUAUAUGAAUGCUUACUAAAUUCAGUUAGUUUAAGUUGCACACAUUGCAGACAUGCAAAUGCACAUACACUCGCAACUUUAGAGAGACGUAUUGCCAAUAGAAUAGGACUCUAUGGAAGAGAUAAACAAACAUGAAUCUAUUGGGCGAAAAGUGUUGAUUGCAAUUAAAUCCUCACAGCAGUAAGUGUAAGUCCAGGGUCCAGGUAUAAUGUAAGAACAGGUGUCCAAAUACUUUUGUCCAUAUAGUGUAAAAUAUUUCAAAAAUAUUUUAUAAUAAUAAAAUGUAGCGCAUUUAAGCACUGCCUACGUGAUGUAAGUCUCAGAUUGACUUGUGGUCUAAGUGGGUCUAAGUUCUGCAGUAAAUAAAUAUGUUCAGAACCACAUACAUUUAGUUCUGCGUAUUUUUUUUUUAUAUUGGAUUAAGUCAUAUCCUAAAAGAAGAAGCUUGGUGAGAAAGAGACCACUGUUGGCACGAUAAGUUAAAAAUAGACGAAAAACGAGAUAACAGAGCUCCUGGAUUAAGGAAUAAGGGGUGAUCAGGUUAAUGAUCUCAAGGGAGCUGGGAGCUCAGUCAGCAAGAAAACGAUUGCAGCAUUAGCUUACAUGCAUCAUUAUUAAUAUUUAGAUUUCUAAACGAUCUCGUAAUUCGGAGGAUGUACAGUAGUGAUGUUCAGGAGAAUAAUCUACACAGAAGGAGAACGUUUCUGGUUCUGAACAUAUAUUUAUUAACCGCAGAAUAACGGAUAUAGAAUAGAUAGAAUGAAUGAUGCUCUCAUUGAUGACUCCAGUGAUCUAUUCGGGCGUGGUCCGCCUGAACUACAGAUGCAUUGUGAGCUUUGACAUCCAACAGUUUGUUUACAUGUGUCAAGCCAUAUACAUUAUUAUGAAGAGUUGUGAAAAAGUGGAAUUUUUUAAAUGACUUUAACAUCUUGCUCUUUACUGGUAAAAUGCCAUAUUAUAAUUAUAAAUGCAUUUAAAUGCGUGUACUUGGCUACCAGUAGAGCUGCAGUUUAUACACUUAAUUCCACUCACAGUCAGAACUUGCUACCUGCAUGUACAUCUUUUACUCUUGUUUUUUAUAUUGUUUUAUAAAGCGAUAAUAAAAGGUGAUAACCACUGAAGAUCCAUAGAACUUUAUAUCGUGUUUAUGAGCAAUGAUUAAAGACAAUAAACUGAUAAAGCGAC